AUGUUCAAUAAUUACUACUUAUUAUGCAUUGUGAUUAUUUAUGAACUCCUCAUUAUUGAUUACAUCGAAGUGAAGAGGCAUACAGAGGAUAUAACAAGUUCAGGUGAUCGACGAAAAUCUCUCAAAAAUUAUGUACAAAUUGAUUCACAGUAUGAAAUUGUAAUGAGGUCGUCUACUGAAUUCAACUUUCAGAAGGGUCAUUCUGAGCCAAGAAGUGUACAAUUCACAAAACAUGAUAUCGCGAACAUGGUAAAUGUAUUACUCACAUCUAGAACAAUAUUCUUCUCAAUUGAAUUUAUUAUGAUAAAUACAGUUAAUGUUACGAGUGCUCGUCAAACACUCAUAUCAAUUAGUGAGAAAUCUUCAAAGCUAAUCUUAUUCAAGGUAUCUAUUCAAAAUCGAAAUUCCCACAAAUUUAUUCAAGUUACAAUGAUCAGCCAACAUAAAUUUACAACAAGGUAUAAAAGUCAUCCAGUUGAAUUGAAUCCUAAUCAAUGGUACAAAUUAACAUUGAACAUUGAAGGUUUAAACAAGGCUGACCUUCAGGUGAAUUGUCAACCAAUAGCAUUUGAUAUUACUCGUAGACGAUCAAUAAUAAUUUUUAACCAAUGGAAACCACUGAGAAUGCCUCGCAUACAUUUGAAUGAUAAAUAUUGGUUAAUGAUGAGAAAAUAUGUUGGAUUUCUUGGUCAAUUAGACGAACAUAAAGAAUAUUGGAAGGGUUCCAUUCGAAAUUUCAUGUUAACAUCAAAUCAAGAGGUAAUAAAAUCCGAAUUAUCACAAUGUUCAUCAUGGAUAUUAUCAAAAUCGUCGAACAGGGAUUCGCCUAUACCUGUGGGUGUUUCAAAUCUACCUCAUAUGCAGAGUAAAUAUAUGAAUAGUUUUGGAAAGGAGUAUAUUUCACCUCUCAAUAAAAUGGAUGCAUCAAAUAAAUUUUUAAAUACAAUCAAUGAGCUAUACAGUAUGUUGAACAUACAAAAACAAGCUAUUGAAAGUUUAAUGCGACAGGUAUCUGAAUUAAACAUGAAAGUUGCAUCUCGUGAACAAUGUCUUUGUAUUCCAAAUUGUGGAAAAUCCGCGCAUGGUAUACCCUAUUUGAUUGGCAAUACAUGGAAACCUGAUGCAUGCAGUCAAUGUGAAUGUACUUUGGCAGGUGCGUUAUGUACUCAGAAAAAGUGCCCCAUACUGAAUUGUACAAAUUCUAUUAGAAUACAGGAUGAAUGCUGUCCGCAUUGCCCAGCUAACUGUCAUUUUAUGGGUCAAGUAUAUCCUCAUGGAGAAAGUUUAAUGCGAGGUUGUAUUCAAUGUGUAUGCGUGAACGGUACAAUGAAAUGUCGUGAAAUCAACCAAACUUUAUACUGUCCACCACUGAAUUGCAGUCAAAGUGAACAAAUUCAACCAGCUGAUAGCUGCUGUAAAAUAUGUGGUAAGAUUAACGUUUGUGCACACAAACAUAAUAAAUGUCAUCCAUUGGCAAAAUGUAUCCCAAAUGGUAUGACAUAUCGUUGUGAAUGUCCAAAUGGUUAUUCCGGAUCUGGUGAUCUUAUCACUGGCUGUACACCUGAAUGUAGGAAAAAUUGUUCCAGCCGUGGUGUCUGUAUUUCACCGAACAAGUGUCAGUGUUAUCCAGGAUUUGGUGGCAGCGAAUGUGAUUAUGAUUUGAACGAAUGUAACAUGAGGUUGGACUUAUGCUCCGAAAAUUCAACCUGUCUUAAUCUACCCGGUUCAUAUGCUUGUAUAUGUCAUGAUGGAUUUGAACUAACCGCCUCAAGUCAAAUAAACAAGUUAAAUACAACUGAAUCAAUGAAAUAA